AUGUUCGUCGUGUGCAUCAACGGGUUCGUGCACGUCCUGUCGUAUCUGUACUAUUUCCCGUCCGGGCUCGGGCCGGCGUUCAAGAAGUGGCUCUACUGGAACCGCUACCUCACCAUGGUGGAGAUCGUGCAGUUUGUGCUGUACAUGGUGCACGCCGUGUGCCUGAUCUUUGCCACGGGAAACUACGUGCCCCUCUUCGUGUGGCUCGAGUUCGGCCAAGCCGUGCUGUUCUUCUCAUUAUUCGUACUGUUCUACGUGAACUUGUAUGCCAGGACAAAGGGGGACCGUGCGGCCAUGUCAGAGUGGACUAGACGAACGCUUCGACAAAGGCUCGGCUGGCUUGGAAAAAAAAAAGAUCAAGCACGAGCCGUGACGUGUAGUGAGAACUGA